UGUGACAGAACUGGCUGGAAGAAAGGACCUGGUAUUCCUGUGCGUUUGCAUUUGUCAGUGAUUCCAGCUGAGACCAGCAUUGCAGAAACCAAUGAGAGCCUUCCUGGUCCUUAUCAGGAGAGUCUGAGGGCAGGAUCAAACCAGCACCCUUCCUCCUCUAAAGAAGAGAAUUACUUCAUGACCCCUGCUCAGGGAGUGCCUACCUCGGCAUUUUUAGUCCCCUCUUUGUGGAGGAGAAACCGCUGCAUGUUUUCUGCAACUCCUGUCUCUGCAGAUAUAAAUUUAUCCACUGUGGUGAUUUUCUUCUCUUCCAGCAUACCUGGAGAUAUGAACGACACCCAUGCCAAGAACAGUAUCAGCGAUACCGUGAAACUGUUCCAGCUCAUCGUGUACGCUCCCACGUUCACCCUGGGACUGCUGUUCAAUGUGAUGGCUCUGUCAUUCCUGUUUUUUAAGGUCAAAAAGCUGUCAGAAUCUACAGUCUACAUGAUAGCCCUUAUUUUCCUGGAUACUUUGCUGCUGUUUACUCUUCCUUUUAAAAUCAUUUCCUACCACCUUCAGGACAAGUGGAGCUUGGGGCUUGUGUUUUGCUCCACUUUAGAGAGUCUUUACUUCGUAAACAUGUACGGCAGCAUCCUCAUCUCCCUCUGCAUCUGUGUAGACCGGUAUGUUGCUAUCCGGCACCCUUUCACAGCUCUCACCCUGCGAUCCACCAAGAAAGCUGCUAUGGUCUGUAUUGUCAUCUGCCUGGGCACCUCAGUUGGGACAAUCUCUACUUUCCAACUGCAUGGAGAGGGCCCCAACAUCUCGUCCUGCUUCCAUAACUUCUCCAAGAGCACGUGGGAAAACGUAGGCCUGCUCAGCGCCUUGGAGACUGUCUUCUUUGGCAGCAUGGCAGCCACGACCUUCUGCACUGUUCAGAUCAUCAGGUGUUUGAGAAAGCGCAGAAAACCAGACAACCCCCAAACACACACCACCAGAGCGGAGAAGAUAGUGGUGGCAAACUUUGUGGCAUUUUUGGUCUGUUUCAUGCCUUACCAUGUGGUAUACUUUGUGUACUUUUUGGUGAAGAAUAACAUCAUUCAUACCAGUUUUCAGCAAGUGCUACGAGACAUCAUUCAGGUCACCCUUUGCUGGGCAAACCUGAACUGCUGUCUUGAUGGGGCGUGUUAUUAUUUUGUUUUAAAGGAGUCCUUGGAGGACCUGUUAGAAAACAGUCAAAAAACAGCCAUGCAAAAGCCUUGA